GUGACACAACAAGGAAGUGUACAAUGUAACGUUACAUUAAACUAAAGUGUAGCGACUUCUCUUUUAAAACAUGUAACAACCUGCUUUGUUUGGGCAGACAGCUGGGAUAUUAGUACAUAUAUACUCACAGUGGCGUGAAACAAAUAGCGUAAAUAGGAACUAACGUAAUAAGUCUUCUGUGUGGGUGUAAUGUCCAUGCAACUCAGCAACAACAUGUAUAUAUCGCUCCUGAUUUCUACUUUAACUGUUGUGUUUCCACUCGGACAUUCAUCAUCACUACCUCUGGUUAUCAACACGUGGCCAUUCAAGAAUGCAACUGCUGCAGCAUGGAGUGCCCUGCAGUCCGGUGGCUCAGUGUUGGAUGCAGUGGAGCAGGGCUGUGCCCGCUGUGAAACGGAACAGUGUGAUGGCAGUGUUGGCUAUGGCGGGAGCCCAGAUGAGACUGGAGAGACCACGCUGGAUGCCAUGAUCAUGAACGGGGAUACAAUGGAGGUGGGUGCAGUUGCAGACCUGAGAAGAAUCAAGAAUGCCAUUGGAGUAGCGAGAGCUGUGAUGGAGCACACUGACCACACACUGCUAGUGGGAGAGUCAGCUUCUGUGUUUGCUCAAAACAUGGGCUUCGUCGCAGAAGACCUGACUACCAACAAUUCUGUGAAUAUUUUCUCACAGUGGCUGAAGGGCAACUGCCAACCUAAUUAUCGAAAGAAUGUGUUUCCAGAUCCUUCCAAGUCCUGCGGACCCUACAAGCCCGCGGCGACAGUGAGACAGAACAUUAGGGGACAGCAUGCUAAUGCGGGCUCCCAUGACACCAUAGGGAUGAUUGUUCUAGAUCGAGACGGUCAUAUGGCUGCUGGUACAUCGACCAAUGGACUAACUCACAAAGUUCCAGGUCGUGUUGGGGACUCUCCCAUCGUUGGAGCGGGGGCAUAUGUGGAUAGCUCAGCUGGUGGUGCUGCCGCUACCGGAGAUGGAGACCUCAUGAUGCGUUUUCUGCCAAGUUACUUGGCCGUGGAGCUGAUGAGGGCUGGGGCAGAUCCCUCGGCAGCCUGCAAGACGGCCAUCUCCAGAAUCAAGAGGCAUUACUCAGAGUUCUUUGGAGCCAUCAUCUGUGCUAACACAACAGGCCAUUAUGGUGCGGCCUGUAACAAAGCCCCUGGCCUCUCCCAGUUCCACUACAUGGUGUCAAACUCAAAGUCAGACUCGCCCGUCCUGAAAUCUGUGGACUGCUUUUAAAUGGUGUAUGAUUGUAUGGGUCUCUUUUAUAUAGUUAAAUUAAUUAACGCUCUCUGUACUGUAUUUUUAUGCUGAUGAUUUUGAUUUUAAUUCAUAAUUAAAAUGUAAUUAAAAAAAAAUGUCACAGGACAUUAGAAUUGUU